AUGAGUUACGGUUCGGAUCAUUACCUCUCCUCCUCAUACAGGAAGAUCUUUGGAGACACACCCAAGGUUUCAUCUUCUCGCCUGGGAAGUGGCUUCUCCUCUAGAACUACAACAGGGAGUGCUUAUAGGUCCCAGUCCCAGUCUCGCAGCAAUGUCUCCUCUGGGUCAUCUUACAGAAGGUCCAACAGAGGGCUUGGGUAUGGUUCACCUGGAGAACACCUAGAUCUGACCCAAACCUCAGCACAGAACAGUGAGUUUAAAAUCAUCCGCACCAAUGAGAAGGAACAGCUCCAGGGGCUCAAUGACCGGUUUGCCAUGUUCAUCGAGAAGGUCCAUAACUUGGAACAGCAGAACUUGGUGCUGGAGACAGAGCUCUCAGCCUACAGACAGAGACAGUCUGAGCCCUCCAGGCUGGGAGAACUCUACCAGCAGGAGAUCAAAGACCUAAGAGCUGAGCUGGAAGACCUGACUAGUCAGAAGUCCCAAAUCAUCAUUGAGAGGGACAAUCUUGAAGAGGACUUUCAGAAGCUGAAAGGUAAAUAUGAAGAUGAGAUGAGAAUGAGAGAGGAGACAGAGUAUGCCCUUAAAGCCCACAAGAAAGAUGUGGAUGAUGCCACCUUGGCAAGACUGGACCUGGAGAAGAAGGUGGAAUCUCUACUGGAUGAGAUCUCUUUCUUGAGGAAGGUCCACGAAGAAGAAGUCACAGAGCUGAUGUCCAUUAUCCAAGCUUCCCAGGUGUCUGUGGAAAUGGAGAUGGCCAAACCAGACCUCACCUCAGCUUUGAAGGACAUCAGGUCCCAGUACGAGUCACUGGCUGCCAAGAACCUGCAGUCUGCCGAUGAGUGGUACAAGUCGAAGUAUGCCAACCUCUCCGAGCAGGCUUCUCGCAGCAGCGAAGUCAUUAGAGCCAACAGGGAGGAGAUGAAUGACUACAGGAGACAACUCCAGUCCAGGACCAUAGAAAUAGAGAGCCUGAGGAGCACCAAUGAGUCCCUGGAAAGGCAGCUCCAGGAGAUGGAAGACAGGCAUAUAUCAGAGAUCUCUGGACUGCAGGUAAAUCUUUCAAAUUCCCUGUAUUAUACCAGCAGCUAAACAGUACAUACCUGUAUCACCUACCAUGUAUCAGGCUAGUAACAUCAACUGAAUCACUAGAUGUAUCUUUAACCCUGUGUGUUAUAUUACGUCUCUCUUUAACCCUGUGUGUUAUAUUAUGUCUCUCUUUAACCCUGUGUGUUAUAUAAUUAGAUAUUUCUCUCUUUAACCCUGUGUGUCACAUUCUCUCCAUAAAUGAUAUAAUAAGAAGAUAGUUCUUUCUGUAACACAAAGUACCAGCUAUUCUCCAUAAAUGAUAUAACUAGGUACGUAACUCCAUGUAUCAAUAAUGGAUAUCGAUAGGUUAGGUACCGUAUUUGAUAUAGUGAUAGAAACAGUUAUUUUCCCCUGCUUCUGUCUGAAUGCAAUGCGUGCUGCAGCCGCUGUCCUUGGUGCUGAAAGCAGUUUGCCUCCUUCUCCUAUAGAAUUGGACUAGAAUUCCUGGGAUUACUGAUCUCUUCAUGCCUGCACUUAUUUAAUAGACAAAAGAGGAAAGUAUCCGAUCCCCCAGUAUCACAGAGUAUCAGAACAUUUCACCCAGUAUCACAGAGUAUCACACCAUUUCACCCAGUAUCACAGAGUAUCAGAACAUUUCACCCAGUAUUACAGAAUAUUAGAUUAUACCCCCAGUAUUACAGAGUAUUAGAAUACCCCUCACCCCCCAGUAUCACAGAGUAUUAGAAUAUGCCCACAGUAUCACAGAGUAUUAGAAUAUCCCCACCCCCAGUAUCACAUAGUAUUGGAAUAUCCCCCAAUAUCACAGAGAAUUAGAAUAUGCCCCCAGUAACACAAAUAAUUAGAAUACCCCCACCAGUAACACAGAGUAUUAGAUUAUGCCCAGCAGUAUCACAGAGUAUUAUAUUAUCCUCCCAGUAUCACAGAGUAUUAGAAUAAACCCCCAGUAUCACAGAGUAUUAUAUUAUCCCCCCAGUAUCACAGAGUAUUAGAAUAAACCCCCAGUAUCAAAGAGUAUGAGAAUAUCCCCCCAGUAUCACAGAGUAUUAGAAUAAACCCCCAGUAUCACAGAGUAUGAGAAUAUCCCCCAGUAUCACAGAGUAUUAGAAUAAACCCCCAGUAUCACAGAGUAUGAGAAUAUCCCCCAGUAUCACAGAGUAUUAGAAUAUCCCCCCAGUAUCAUAGAGUAUGAUAUUAUCCCCCAGUAUCACAGAGUAUUAUAUUAUCCCCCAGUAUCACAGAGUAUUAUAUUAUCCCCCCAGUAUCACAGAGUAUUAGAAUAAACCCCCAGUAUCACAGAGUAUUAGAAUAUCCCCCCAGUAUCAUAGAGUAUGAUAUUAUCCCCCCAGUAACACAGAGUAUGAUAUUAUCCCCAGCAGUAUCACAGAGUAUUAGAAUAUCCCCCCAGUAUCACAUAGUAUGAGAAUAUCCCCCCAGUAAUACAGAGUAUUAGAAUACCCCUCCAGUAACACAGAGUAUUAGAAUAUCCCCCCAGUAUCACAGAGUAUUAUAUUAUCCCCCCAGUAUCACAUAGUAUGAGAAUAUCCCCCCAGUAAUACAGAGUAUUAGAAUACCCCUCCAGUAACACAGAUUAUUAGAAUAUUCCCCCUGUAUCACAGAGUAUUAUAUUAUCCCCCAGUAUCACAGAGUAUGAUAUUAUCCCCCCAGUAUCACAGAGUAUUAGAAUAAACCCGCAGUAUCACAGAGUAUGAGAAUAAACCCCCAGUAUCACAGAGUAUUAGAAUAAACCCCCAGUAUCACAGAGUAUUAGAAUAUCCCUGCAGUAUCACAGAGUAUGAGAAUAUCCCCCCAGUAUCACAGAGUAUGAUAUUAUCCCCCAGUAUCACAGAGUUUGAUAUUAUCCCCCCAGUAACACAGAGUAUGAUAUUAUCCACCAGUAUCACAGAGUAUGAUAUUAUCCCCCCCAGUAUCACAGAGUAUUAGAAUAUCCCCCCAGUAUCACAGAGUAUAUUAUCCCCCAGUAUCACAGAGUAUGAUAUUAUCCCCCCAGUAACACAGAGUAUGAUAUUAUCCCCCAGUAUCACAGAGUAUGAUAUUAUCCCCCCCAGUAUCACAGAGUAUUAGAAUAUCCCCCCAGUAUCACAGAGUAUGAUAUUAUCCCCCAUUAUCACAGAGUAUGAUAUUAUCCCCCCAGUAUCACAGAGUAUUAGAAUAUCCCCCCAGUAUCACACAGAGUAUGAUAUUAUCCCCAGUAUCACAGAGUAUUAUAUUAUCCCCCAGUAUCUCAGAGUAUGAUAUUAUCCCCAGUAAUACAUAGAGUAUUAUAUUAUCCCCCCAGUAUCAUAUAGUAUUAGAAUACCCCCCUCCCCCAGUAUAACAGAAUAGCAGAGACUAUCCCCUAGAGUAUUAGAAUGUCUCUGAAUGAACCUUCAAACUGUGUCAGAGUAUAUUACUAGGGGUGAGAUUAGUGUACAUAGUCUUUGUGUGUUAUGUACAUCUCUUUACAUUAGGAAAUAGUUUUAUAAUGUCUACAUGGGCGUUUCCUCAUGUGCAGAUAAAAGCCAUGCAUGCAGAGACUACACUGUGUUAAGUGAGUUACUUGGUAGGGUUUUUAUUUGGUGUAGCAAUUGUGACCAUAAUAAACCAUUUCAGUUACAUAAUAUAUUAUGUAUCACUGUGCUGUCAAGGCAGGUGCAGUCAUGGAAAUGAUGGAGGGGGAGGGGCAGAUAGGGAGUGGUACCUUGGUGGAACAAAGGCUCAUCAAAUUCUCAGCUUGAGAGAUAACUCCAGGAAGCAGUGACUUGACUUGAGCCAGCACUAUAAUCAAAUGUAAAACAGUGUAUAAGGGAUUUAAUUACUAAAAGUGUAAACUUUACUUUACGGCUCUCUUUUUCCUACAUGUUAAAUUUGACCUAUAAUUAUUUUCACGUUACCUUUACCUGUUGUACAGCGCUACAGAACAUGUUGCUGCUAUAUCAGUUAUAAUCAUAGGUUAAGAAAAUAACUGGAUUGGAUUUUUUUUCUUUUUUUUGCAAUUAACUCUUCCCACGUAAUUUGAACUUUUUGUCAAUUCGCUACUAUUUACUCUUUAUAGUCACCACUCCUUAAAGUGAGUUUAAUUAGUGAAUCUUAAACCUGUAUCAAUGCGUUUUGCAACUCAAGAUCUUGUUGGAAUUUUGGUAGUAAUCUUCAUGGGUCACUCUAGCACCAUAGCCACUACAAUUCAUUGUAGUGGUUGUGGUGCUAUAAUCUAUGGGUGCUCCCUUCUCUAUUUCGUAUUACCAUUUUAGAACAGUUUGUCAAAAAAACAGAUGGACGACAAUGACAGGCUGGGAGCAUUAUGGAAGGGUUAACUGUAUUGAAUCGGGUACUUAGAGUAUCCCAUGAGGUCUUGACCUUCAUAAAUAAGAAUUGUUCACGACUUUAUUUUGAGCUGCACACAGAUAAAUAAGACUUAUGGUAAAUCACCAGAAAUACAAAAUAAAGAUCUCAUUGUAUGCAUCUGUAGAACACCAGUUAAUUCUGUUGCCAAGAUUCUCUGAGUAAAGGUUACUUUAUAACAAAAGAUAGGCUAAUAUGGUCCAGGGCGGAUUUCCAUACAUUGUCUGACAUCACAGCAUCCUCGCGACGUCCAAUCAAAUGCUUCUCAUAGAGAAACAUUUGAUUGGAUUGUUAAACUGGCACAGAGCGCAUGAGCGCAUUCUGAGCCGAUAAGGGGAGGGAGUGGAGAAGAAGAGAGGGAGGGAACAUAAAAAAAAAUAAUGGUGGGUAUAGUGACAGGACACAAACGCUAACUAUCACAGGCGCUGCCCGCAAGGGAGAACUUCAUUACAUCAGCUUCAAGGCGACUGGAUUAAAUUUUUGCACAGAAUUGACAUUAGGCAGCCCAGAAUAGACUUCCUUGUGUUGGGGAUGUAACAUGCGCCUGGCACAAAAAGAUUUCUCUAAACAUAGAAACAUAGAAUGUGACGGCAGAUAAGAGCCAUUCAGCCCAUCUAGUCUGCCCAUUUUUCUAAAUACUUUCAUUAGUCCCUGGCCUUAUCUUAUCUGUUAACCUCUACCACUUCCGCUGGAAGGCUAUUCCAUGCAUCCACUACCCUCUCAGUAAAGUAAUACUUCCUGAUAUUAUUUUUAAACCUUUGUCCCACUAAUUUAAGACUUGAUGUGGUAGUUUUUCUUCUUUUAAAUAUAGUCUCCUCCUUUACUGUGUUGAUUCCCUUUAUGUAUUUAAAUGUUUCUAUCAUAACCCCCUUGUCUUGUUACAUUUCCUGUUAAGUUUUACCCUGCCGUAUUCUGUACGUGCAGGUUUCCCUGUACAGUACGUGCAAUGUUUCAAGCAGAUUGCUACCACCAUGACAACUUCAAUUCACUGUGGUUAUGGUGUUUGGAGUUACUCAUUAAACAUAAAAUUGAAAUGUAUACAGUUGAAAUCCAGUCUCCUUCUGAAAUGAAAAUGUGUAACUUUACUAAAAAUAAAAUAGAUUUUGAAAUAAACACAGAUAUAUUUCAAAAUACUAUGUUACAUCCUUAUUAAAACAAAUAAUAAAUUAAUAGAUUGUAGAUUAAAUGGGGUGGAUUACCAAUAUAAGCAAACACCUUAUGAGAUACAAUAUAUAAUUAGACAUUAUGAUAUAUAAUUAGACAUUAUGAUUUAAUGACAAUGAACUGUGGUGAAUGGAAACCUAGAUUGCAAAGUUCAAGUCCAAUUGACGAUGUUUCCCAUAAUACACUUCAAAACAGGGAUCAUUUUGCUAAACAGUGAGGGCCAACUUUAAGUCAAAUCAACAGAUUUAAAAAAAAAAAGUAUAUUAAUGCCUAACUAAACACAAUUGGACAUUGUUUUCUAAUGAGGCUAUUUUUAGCCUAUAAUUUUAAGCCCUCUGUUAAAGUUGCCGGCGUCAUAGAUUAACUUUAAACUUAUUGAUGCUUAAAGUUGAAUUUAAAAUGUCUUCUCCGUUACAGCAGCAAAAUACGAAACUGCAUUAAAGACGAUAAUAUAACUGCAUUAAACACGACACGAUAGCUGCAUUAAACACGACACAAUAACUGAAUUAAACACGACAAGAUAACUGCAUUAAACACGAUACGAUAACUGCAUUAAACACGAUACGAUAGCUGCAUUAAACGUGAUACGAUAAAUGCAUUAAACACGAUACGAUAGCUGCAUUAAACACGAUACGAUAAAUGCAAUAAACAUGAUACUAUAGCUGCAUUAAACACGAUACGAUAGCUGCAUUAAACGCGAUACGAUAAAUGCAAUAAACACGAUUGGAUAGCAGCAUUAAACACGAUACGAUCGCUGCAUUAAACGCGAUACGAUAAAUGCAAUAAACACGAUAGGAUAACAGCAUUAAAACACACUGGCAGUAUUAUAGUGCUGUUCCAUAUCACCGCUGGGUUAAGAGCCAUGGGAGUUGCUGAUUACAGCUUCUUGAAAGCUGCUCCCUCUAACCCUAACUAUCCCUAGCACCAUAAAACUAACCUUAUUCCCCUGAACUUAAUUUAACCUAGCCUCCCUCUUUAACAGUGUCUCUAUAUAAUGUAUUUAUCUAAUCAUUAUUAAUUGUUAAAGAAUUCUAAAGCAAUGUUAUCAUUUGAAAGUAACGGUUUCAACUACAGUGGUUUUAAUGUACAGUACACAUAAAAAAGUGACCCAUGAAUGCAUCUGAAUAUCCAUAAUGUCACAGACCCAUAAAUACCACAAUCUUACGGGGCCAGAGGUGUUAGGUGAAUCAGUAAAAAUUCAAAACACACUAUAUAUAAGAACAUGUAAGUCCUCUUAAAGGACCACUCUAACCACCAUAACCACUGCAACACACUUAUUUUGAUAAGGAUAGCAAAGUAGGGAAUUAUCUACUAAACAGCUGAAAUAUUAUUUACCAUUAAGAAAAAAGCUUAUCGUAAUUUUGAUCUCUUAGCAGUUUACUCCCUAAUUAGGUACUUUGUAAAUGUUUGGCUGCUGCCUUCAUUCAUUAGCCAUAGGGAAUAAUGGGAGUGUGAAUUUCGGAAAUUAACGACGUUUUUCUGACGAAUUUUCGUUCAACUGAAUCAAUAUGUCCUGAAUUUCAGACAAACGGAAAUUUGAAAACGAACAAAUCACAAUUCCCCAUGCACAUGUCUAAUAUGCUGCUUAUAGACUGUCAUCUGACAAUAUUAACGGAUGUUACCUCUGGCACAUUCUUGUUACAAUGUCCAAUCACUAACCAGUUAAAGAAUCUUUAUGAUUUUCCUCUAGGACACCAUCCAACAACUGGAAAAUGAUCUGAGGAACACAAAGGGUGAAAUGGCUCGUCACCUGCGUGAAUAUCAAGAUCUUCUCAACGUGAAAAUGGCGUUGGAUAUAGAGAUUGCUGCAUAUCGGUAACUUAUUACAGAUCCUAUUGUCACUUUUUAUGUCAAACUGUCAGAGUUAUUCUAAAGUGAGAAUUCAAAGAGAAUUUCAAAUUUAAGGCCAAAGUAGACAAGCUGGACACAUGGUUUAAUUAGAGAAUUAUUCCAGUUUGGAAAUUACUGUUGAAUUCUCACUUUAGAGAAUAACUAUGUUAUUAUAUUAUUUUCUAAUUAAAGCAGGUAUGUCUGUGUUUAAUAAAGUUGGAUAUCAGAUUCUGAAUGAAAUCUGUUUGUUUAAAGUUAGUUUUGGUUAUAGAUUCAAGAAGACAAUAACAAGCUGAGCACAGUAAAAUUCCAUCUUCCAUACCUCCCAAGUUUCCAUAUGUAUGAGGGACAGUCCCUAUAUCUUUGGUCUGUGAGACUGUAUAAAAGAACUCCACAGUAAUAGCAGUAAUGUGUCUUUAAACUACAAUAAAUAUGUUUAGAAAUCAGUCUGUGUAAACAGGAUACAUUGUUCUUGUUCUAAAUUACAUUUUCUCUUCAUAAAUUGUUAUUAGUAAAUUACAUACAUUUUUUUAAAACAGCCCCACUACUGGCCACACCCACAUUCACACCCCUAAAUUUAAAUGGUCCCUCAUUAUUCAUUUGAAACGUUGGGAGGUAUGAUCUUCAGUUUGGUGCCACCCCUUACCCAUUAGCCAUCACAGAUCCAAGGGGAUACGUUAGUGAUGCACAAUGAUUUUGAUGUGCAAAGUAUUGUAGAAAAUUGGGUUGACAUCAUCAAAGUCACAGGAUUAAAACUCUUAUGAGCCAUCGUAACAUAACUGCUUUAGAACUUGAGAACCCAGAUUGGAAUCCCGGUCAGACUACCAGUAAGUGUCCUUGGACAAGACACCUAAUUAUAUAUCUACCUACCUCAAGUCCUCAUAGAUUGUAAGCUCUUUUGAACAGGACCUUCUUCAUCUAUAGAUACCCCCUUUCUACGAUUGUAAAGUGAUGCGGAAUAUGUUGGCAAUAUAUACAUGCUAAUAAUCACUUACAAAGACAUAUGUAUGCUCAAAAAAAAUAAAAUCAGCAGUGAUGUAAGUGAUGAAGCAACACUGCGCCUAGCUGCCCGGAGUUAUCGUUUGUGUAUGUUAACAGAAUAUGUGAUGUACACCGAAACAUUAGCAUCUAGUAACACUAACAAGGAUAUUAACUAAAGUGAUUGUACACGUUUGUUGCCUGAAAUUAUGGCAAAAUAAAUGUUUUCCCUCCAUGAAUUUUCUCUUCUUGUCAUACACAUAUAAAUAGUGUAAUUCAAAAUAUACUUACCCAAAUAUCCCAUUUUAUUAUAAGCAAUGGGCCUUAAUUCUAGGGACUGCCCACACACAAAGGACAUGUUAAUCUAAGCACAAUGUAUGGGGCUGGUAGUAAGCGUCCCUGUUUUGCAGUGGUGACGUUUUGGGAUUCGUGCACUGAUAAUUUAUCAGUAAGAAUUUUGAGUUACAGAACUUUGAUCAACAGAUAAUGUUUGCAGCAUUACAAAACUGAACUUUGUCCUGUUUGUUGUGACAAAAGUCCCUUUAAACAUAGGGGGUUUGUUAACUAAGCUGGAUUUGUCGACAAAAGAAUUGUACAUUUUAGGUCAAUGUAUCUGAGCUGAAAAAUUGCUGAAUUGGAGAAUUUUUCCGAUUCUUCAAAACAUUCUACAGUUUAAUGAAUAAACCAUGUUGCAAGAAUUUUGGUGACAAUUGCAGAUCCUGGGCGAACACAUUACAGUGUCCCUUAAUGUUCCUUAACAGUAUCACUGGUUCCCCUCUGUCUCCUGCCUUUUCGCUUCAAGGGUCAAUGUUUCCAUUUGUUUCAGUGACUGCAAGGCGUGGUAUGGGCAUUUCUCAUGUGAGCACACAUCUCUCACAUUGUUGUGAUGGGUUCUCUAAUAUGCCUUUCAUCUAUCUGUGCCCAACAUUUUGGAUUCCAUGCAACAUUGAGAGAUAUGUAUGGCCCUCAGAUAGUAGGGUGUGGGGUGUAUGCCUCACACGCCCCUGCCUAGACCAAGCCUUGCACUUUGACAACAUCAUGUAAGUGUUUAUAAGGAAGAAUUUGGUCUUUUAAUUUUGAAAUAACUCUUCCUCUUUUCAUGUUCUUCUAGAAAGCUGCUGGAAGGUGAGGAGACGAGAUUUAGUACAACAGCGAUGAGCAUUACACCUCCAAACCCAAAUCCGUAUCCCAGCUAUUCUUAUCAAUCUCGAGUUCAUAGUUCUUCGUCCUCUAAAGUGAAACCAACCAUAACCUCCUUCAAGAAAGAGGAAACUGACGGAGCCUCUAAAGUGGUGUCGAAAACAUCUACUCAUACUGGAGAGACCUUUGAGGAAAUCAUUGAGGAAACUGUAUCAACCAAAAGAGUAGACAGGCCAGAUCAAAAUGAGGAGAUUAAUGGCAAGCCUUAG